ACAGAUACGAGAGAUAGAAACUACCAGAAGCAGCCAGAGAAACGGAUCAAAAUAUGACAUUCCACAGCUCUAUAUAAAGACCGCAGGUGUCAAACUGUUUGUUGAAUAUCAGAGGACAUAUAUACGGACUGUCCCAUGAGUUUAUGAAACUACCUGUCGAGUUUUUAAUCCGGGUAACCAUUACGUAUCUGAAGCAGAUUAGCUAUCGUGCUAAUGUUGUGAAAUAUUCAUCUGUUCUGCAAAUAUAAGCAUUUUUUUACGAAUGAUAAACAUUUAACAGUUUAUUCGUGGGGUUGUGGGUUAAACCUAACUUAUUAUAACCAUAUAUUGCCCGGUGUUUAGAGUCUGUUACACGUAGAGAAAGGUCAGUUUACACAACACGACUUGUUUUUAUAUCAACACAGAUCAUCUGUUUGGUUAUUCUUGACGCUUAUUCAUAGUCACAAGGAGCUUAAAAUUGAUUCUGAAGGACUCCUAGAUAUCUGUAAAAGUAAAUUGCUUUCAUUUGGACUCAUAUUGACGACACGUUGUAUUUGAAGCAGAUAUGAACAUGUUUGCUUGAGCAGAACCUAUCAACAUCUGGAAGUGGAAGCCUGCUUUCUUUUGGACUCAUUCCCAUAUAUAAUUUAAGUUGAGAAGCUGUCAGGAUGCCUCUGCUGUUUUUGGAGCGCUUUCCUUGGCCAAGUUUACGGACAUACACAGCCCUGAGCUCAGUUCUUCUAGCCGGGACCAUCUUAAGUGCCUACACCACAGUGAGAGACUCCGAGUUCACAUCUGCACUGACUGAAGAACCACACAGUGUAGCGGAGGAGGACAUCAAGCACAAUCAGCUGGAGAUCUUUGGACAUGUGGCCACCAAAGUACUGCUGUAUCUCAUCACAGACAGUCUGUUUGUCUGGGUGAUGGUGAACACAGCGUGCUGCAUCCUCAUGUUAAUAGCUAAAGUGAUCCAGUGCAUCGUGUUCGGACCACUGAGAGUCGGUGAAAAACAGCAUCUGAAAGACAAGUUCUGGAACUUCAUCUUCUACAAGUUCAUCUUCAUCUUUGGUGUGCUGAAUGUGCAGCGGGUGGAUGAAGUGGUGCUGUGGUGUCUGUGGUUCUCCAUUCUCAUCUUCCUCCAUUUGAUGGUGCAGCUCUGCAAAGACCGCUUCGAAUAUCUUUCAUUCUCCCCCACUACACCGAUGGGCAGUCAUGUGCGUGUGUUGACUCUGCUGGUGUCUGUUCUGAUGUGCUGCAGUGGUUUAGCAGUGCUCUGUGCUCUGGUCGGACAAGUUCAUGGAAUGCACACUGUCGCUUUCAUGGCAGCUGAGUGUUUGCUGGUGACGGUGCGCACAGGACAUGUCAUCAUACGGUACUCCAUCCACCUGUGGGACCUGAACCAUGACGGCACCUGGGAGAACAAGAGCUCGCAUAUCUACUACACUGACUUCAUCAUGGAGUUGGCCAUUCUCUGCCUAGAUCUGAUGCAUCACAUCCACAUGCUGCUCUUCGGGAACAUCUGGCUGUCCAUGGCCAGUCUGGUGAUCUUCAUGCAGCUGCGCUAUCUCUUCCACGAGGUGCAGAGGAGAAUUCGCCGUCAUAAAAACUACUUGCGUGUUAUUGAAAAUAUGGAGUCCAGAUUUGCUGUGGCAACGCCUGAUGAGCUGGUGGCCAAUAAUGAUGACUGUGCCAUCUGCUGGGAUUCAAUGACAACAGCACGCAAGCUGCCCUGUGGACACCUUUUCCAUAAUUCCUGUCUGCGCUCAUGGCUGGAGCAGGACACUUCCUGUCCCACAUGCCGCAUGUCUCUGAACAUCAGUGAAGGCGGGAGAGAGAGAACGGAGGGACAGAGAGUGCCGCUGGGUGAGAAUGUUGCAGCAGGGGCAGGAACAGACGCCCGACCACACCUCAACCAACACAACCACUUUUUCCACUUUGACGGGUCCCGCAUUGCCAGUUGGCUGCCCAGUUUCUCAGUGGAGGUCAUGCACACAACCAAUAUCCUGGCCAUCGCACAGGCCAACAACUCACAGCUCAACGCCAUGGCCCAUCAGAUCCAGGAGAUGUUUCCUCAGGUCCCUUAUCAUCUGGUCCUGCAGGAUCUACAGCUUACGCGUUCUGUAGAGGUCACCACAGAUAACAUCCUCGAAGGCAGGAUACAGGUGCCUUUUCCUACACAGGCUGUGGAGCGCACACCCAUAAAUGUUAACCCUACUACUGGAGAGGCGUCUGGUACCAGCAGCGGUUCAGAGGUCGCCGUCCCUGAGGUGGAAGACUUUGAGGUGCGGGGCAGCCGCUUUUCCAAGUCUGCAGAUGAGAGACAGAGAAUGUUAAUGCAGAGGAAGGAGGAGCUGCUUCUAAGAGCUCGAAGACGUUAUAUGAACAAGAAACCUGAAGAUGGAAUUGUUUCCUCUUUCGCUACUGAUGAAAAUGACGACACUUUGGCCUCUGUGGAGUACGAAGAUUUUGAUUCAGUGACCCUGCGGCGCAGAAGGUUGGCAGCUGCAGCCGAAAGACGCUUGCAGAGGCAGCCAGACGUGCCUCUGUGAGAUGGUUCUGCCCAUGUGCACAUAUCGACACCACCCACCUCUAAUCAAGAGGGAGUUUUCCUUUUCCAUUUUCGAAACAGAGCAAAAAAAGUGCAUGAUGAACCUGUUAUACAGCCAUGUUGAUCAGAAAAAGUCUAAAGCCUCUGUAACACAAUUUUGGCCUGAUCAAUGCACAUUUGCGCUAUACUCAUGCAACUAUUGUAAUAAUGCAUUCUCCAUCAAACUUUUUGGCUUUUUGCAAGACCAGAAUUUCGAGUAAAAGAAAUAUGUGUCUUUUAUGUGCUGGACUGUCGCACACAAGAUAAUUUGAAAAAUAUUUGUACGUUAAGUAAAUAAGAGCACGGUUUGUGGUUUGUACAGCUGCUCGUACAGUUUAAACAAUAGGAAUAUUGAGCUUGGAUUUCUUUUCAUUUUAGGAAUUUUGCAUUUCUUAAAUGCGUUUUGUUCGAAUGUUAGGCUAGAUUUGAGAAAAAAAUUAAAAAUUGAUGGCUUAAGAAAAAUAUAUUGCGUAUUGCUAACAGUUCGACUCUGCUAAGACUAGCGCAGUGAAGAAUGCACUAGAGUUGAUCUGUGUGAGAGUGUCUUUGUUGGCCAGUUGUUGCAGCUGGUUAGUUGAUUUGAUUGGCUCAAAUGCCAAUAAACUGAUGGACACAGUAUUGCAAAUUUGAACUAUCUAGUGUGCUCGUAAUACCAUCAUGGCUUUUAUUUAGUCUCUGGAGACAGUUAAACAGAUAAUGGGCGUAGAUCCUGGGGCGUCUGUUUUAAGUUGCCGUUGACUCUCCAGUGAGUAAUUAGUAUAAUUUGGAUCAUUCACAUUGUUGUGACAAUAAAUCUCUCUGCAUUGUAAGAACUGUUCAUUUUAGUCACAUGAUCUUGUUUUUCUUGCUGUAGUUUUAUCGUUCAAAACACUGCCAUGGUUUAUAUUUCAUUUACGGUAUCUUCGGUUCUGUUUAACAGUCAUCUUAUUGUGUUGCUCUCUUUUUUUUGUGCUACAGUUAAAGACUCAUUCUUGAAACACGUGAGGGAUAUUUCUUAAAAAUAAUGUGUAAAUUGUUUUUUUUUUUUUUACAAAAGAUUUGCACAGAAAUUUGUUCUGUUCUUGUUUUAUGCAAUAGGUCUAAUGUGUUUGACAAUUCAAAGCCGUAUUCGAUUUGGACAAUGCAUACGUAAGCUUUUUGCCGGCAGCUUUUUUUCCCCAUUUGUAUUUGAAUGGUUUUAAAGGAAUAUUCCAUGUUUUAUACAAGUUAAUCACAAUCGACAGCAUUUGUGGCAUAAUGUUGAUUACUACAAAAAUGUAUUUUGACUCGUCCCUUGUUAUCUUAAAAAAAAAAAAAAAACUGUUACAGUCAGUACAGUUAGUGCUUUUAUAUAAUUAUAAGCUUCUCAUUUGCACAAUUAAACCCUUCAAAAAUCAGCCCCAUUAACUUGAAUUGUAAAAGCCUCAAUAUAACCUACAUUUUUGCCUUUUUUUUUUUUUUAAGGAUGGAGGAAUCUAAAUACAUUUUUGUAGAAAUGCUGUCAAUUGAACUUCACUUGUAUUAAACCCGGCGAAUACCUUAAAAGGCAUUUACAUUUAAUGGACUAAAGUACUAAUGUCUGUAAAUGCUCAGUUUUUUACCGGCUUUUGACAUUCAUUAUGAAUUUUCACAAAUGAGAUUCAGUAACAGGAUAAAUUGGUAUUGGGCGCAACAAAUUAAUUCCUAAAUUUGCAUGUUGAGUUUGGGAACGUGACUACUUUUAAUUUGCCUUCUGUCAGAUCAACCAACCACAACCACAACCCUAUCACUAAUCAUUUAUUAUUUAAUUGUGAACAUAUUGACUAUGUAGUCUCUGAUGUAUGUAUCUCUGAUGUUUUACACUGUGAAUCUACUCUAUCAAAUGUUUUCAGAGUAGUACAUGGACAUUUUUUCUCUUUUUCUGUGCAUGAAAUCACCAUUUAUAAUAUCCAUAACCCAUUUUUCUGAUCUGUUAUUCCCAAAGACUCCCUCCUGGUGAUUUACUUUAUUGAAGGUGGACAUGGUCAAACAAAGCGCUAACUCUUUGACUGCUGGUCAAUGUAGAACAUGUUUGUUUUGGUGACACAGAUGAACCUUUCAAAAGUAUUUCUUUAUGUAUUAAUGAGAUUUCCACUGGACUGAUUCUGAUAAUAAUAGUUAAUUGAUGUUCAUGCACCAGAGUGAAGUAUAGGAGUGCUUUUUGCACAAAAUUCAUUUAUUAGUGCCUCGAAUCAACAGUGGAUCAAUACUAGUUUGAUUUGUGUAAAUAAUUUUGUAAAAUACAUGUGAAAUGACCCUGUACAAAAUAAAAGUCACAGCUGCUUUAGAAGCUUUUA